UUCGAUUCCUUGUCUAGUGUCCCAUCUUAGGGUUUCAUGUAUGAACCAGACAUGGUCGACUGUUUAAUUUGUCUCGAGCCAAUGAGGCUUGUGUUUUUGUCGUGUAUUGCGUCUGUUAUCGUGUACAUCCAGGACACGGAUUAUCUCUGUAUCUAUAUUUGUACAGUGUUUUCGAUCGAGAGAACUGUUGGUGAAACUCAUGCCCUAGGUCUUCUAGGAUUGUUGUCCCGAGCCGCUAGAAGCACGGCUAGGCAUUUGUUGGAUCACCCUUCGAUACAUCAUUGGCCUUUGACAAUAGCUUAUCUGUCCGAGAAAUUAAACGUAUCGAAACCGUUGCUCAGUGGCUGCUUUCAAUGACUCUUCGUAGACAUAGCGUAGGAAUUGGUUCCAAUUUCAUCAGAAGGACUAGUUCUGAUUAAAUAGCAAGGAGCACCUAAAUUCCAGAAUAAUACCUUGAAUUGAGAUCGGUUCUGACAGAGUUCAAGACAGAUCAGCGGCCAGAAACACAUGACAUCUC